AUGAACCAGCUUUCAUCCACGAGCCUUCUUCCCGAAAGCUUUUCGGGUGCUCGGGACGAUUUUACCGAGCAAUUUAGCGUCGUAUGGGGCCAAAUCAAGGCCCCAUUAAUCGUGCCAUUGCUUAAAGUUGCAGUCUUUUUGUGCUUGGCAAUGUCGGCCAUGCUUUUCGUCGAGAGGGUUUACAUGGCGAUCGUUAUAUGCCUCGUGAAAGUGUUCGGUAAAAAGCCCGAAAAACGGUACAAAUGGGAGCCUCUGAAGGAUGAUUUGGAGAUUGGAAACUCUGCAUAUCCAAUGGUUCUUGUUCAAAUCCCAAUGUACAAUGAAAAAGAGGUUUAUCAGCUCUCAAUUGGAGCUGCUUGUGGGCUUUCAUGGCCUUCUGAUAGAAUCAUAGUUCAGGUUCUUGAUGACUCAACAGACCCCAUAAUCAAGAAUAUGGUGGAAAUAGAGUGCCAAAGAUGGGCUAGCAAAGGCAUAAAUAUAAAGUAUGAAGUUAGGAACAAUAGAAAUGGGUACAAAGCUGGGGCUCUUAAAGAGGGCCUUAAACACUCUUAUGUGAAGCAAUGUGAUUAUGUUGCUAUAUUCGAUGCGGAUUUUCAGCCCGAGCCCGAUUUCCUCUGGCAAACGAUACCGUUUCUAGUGCACAAUCCGCAGCUGGCCCUCAUCCAGGCCCGGUGGAAAUUCGUGAAUGCAGAUGAAUGCCUGAUGACAAGAAUGCAGGAGAUGUCACUUGACUAUCAUUUUACAGUAGAGCAAGAAGUUGGAUCCUCUACAUAUGCUUUCUUUGGCUUUAAUGGAACUGCGGGUGUGUGGAGAAUAGCAGCAAUCGACGAGGCGGGAGGAUGGAAAGACCGUACAACUGUUGAGGACAUGGAUUUGGCCGUUCGAGCCGGCCUCAAAGGAUGGAAAUUCUUGUAUCUUGGUUCUUUAAAGGUGAAAAACGAACUGCCUAGCACGUUUAAGGCAUACCGCUAUCAACAACACCGAUGGUCAUGCGGGCCAGCAAAUCUGUUUCGGAAAAUGGUGGUGGAGAUCAUACGAAACAAGAAAGUGACUCUGUGGAAGAAAGUUCAUGUGAUAUACAGUUUCUUCUUCAUAAGGAAGAUCAUUGCCCAUAUAGUCACCUUCGUGUUCUACUGCGUUGUACUGCCUGCUACCGUGCUUGUACCCGAAGUUCAGAUUCCGAAAUGGGGAGCUAUCUACAUUCCUUCGAUCAUCACCCUCCUAAAUGCAGUCGGGACUCCAAGAGUUAACGAGUGGAUCGUGACAGAGAAGCUUGGGGAUGCUCUUAAGAUGAAAUCGGCACUUAAAGCUUUUAGAAGACCUCGGUUUAGAAUCGGUGAAAGGGUCCAUUUGUUAGAGCUUGCAACGGGCGCUUACCUCUUUUUUUGCGGUUGUUACGACUUUGCAUUCGGAAAAAAUCACUACUAUAUAUACCUUUUCGUUCAGGCGAUCACGUUUUUCAUCAUGGGAUUUGGCUAUGUUGGCACAUUCGUACCAUCUUAG